CAUUAUCUAGAGCUUCCAGGUCCUUAAAAACCACAAGAAGCCCACCGUGAGCCACCAGGCUAGAGAGGCAGCACUGGGCUCCAAGGCAGAAACAUCUCUGUUUCCGGGAGUGUCAGCUUAGGCAAGCCGCAUGGGCUGCUGGGACUUGUAGUUCCCACGGCUCUUCUCCCGCGGCUGACGGCGAGGAGGCGGACUACAGCUCCCGUCAGGCCAAGCGGCGCCAGCGGGGUCCUGCACACGCGCAGCUGGGCGGCAGGUUUGUGUUGCUGUAGCUGGGAGUCUGGCUCUGCAGAGCCGGUUGCAUGGCGGCGUCAGGGGCCCAUACUGUCCAGUGAAGCGACUAUGCUGCUAGAUUUAAACAGAGUUUGAAGCUAUUGCUGUGAUUGACCUUCCAUUUUCUGGCCUGAAAGACAUUUAGGGAAAGAGGAAGAGAUGGCAGUUUCUUGGGGCUCAGUGACCUAUGAAGAUGUAACUGUGAUAUUCACUCAAGAGGAGUGGGCACUAUUAAAUCCUUCAGAGAAGAAACUCUACAGAGAUGUGAUGUAUGAAAACUUGAGGAACUUUCUUUCAAUAGAAAAGAUACAAGAACAUUCCACAAAAGGGCAGCAUAACCUACAUGGGGGUAAACAAAGUAAUGCAACAGUAAAAAUCUCUGAGGGCAAAGAUAGUCAGAAUGCUAGAAUAUCUCAAGAAUGUGAAGUAUACAACAAAUUAUUCACUUAUCCUGUUAAUCUUCAAAAACAUGAAAAUAUUCACAGUGGAUGGAAACUUUAUGAAUAUAAACAAUAUAAUAGAACAUUCAGGAGAUCCAGUAAUCUUUGGAAACAUGAUAAAACUCACAGUGGAGAUAAACCUUAUGAGUGUAAACUGUGUUGUAAAACAUUUAGUUGUUCCAGUAGUCUUCGGACACAUGAAAGAAUUCACAGUGGAGAGAAGCCCUAUGAAUGUAAACUAUGUAGUAAAAGAUUCAGGCAAUCCAGUAAUCUUCGGACACAUGAAAGAAUUCACAGUGGAGAGAAACCCUAUGAAUGUAAACUGUGUAGUAAAACAUUCCGGCAUUCUGGCGGUCUUCAGCAACAUGAAAGAAUUCACAAUGGAGAGAAACCUUAUAAAUGUAAACAAUGUAGUAAAACAUUUAGUUGUUCCAUUCAUCUUCAGACACAUGAAAGAAUUCACAGUGGAGAGAAACCCUAUGAAUGUAAAGAAUGUAGUAAAACAUUCAGUUUUUCCAGUAGUCUUCAGAGACAUGAAAGAAUUCACAGUGGAGAGAAACCCUAUGAAUGUAAACAAUGUACUAAAACAUUCAGUUGUUCCAGUUAUCUUCGGACACAUGAAAGAAUUCACAGUGGAGAGAGACCCUAUGAGUGUAAACAGUGUAGUAAAACAUUCAGUUGUUCCAGUCAUCUUCGGACACAUGAAAGAAUUCACAGUGGAGAGAAACCCUAUGAAUGUAAAUAUUGUAGUAAAACAUUCAGUUUUACUAGUGUUCUUCGGACCCAUGAAAGAAUUCACAGUGGACAGAAACCCUAUGAAUGUAAACUAUGUAGUAAAACAUUCAUUUGUUCCAGUAGUCUUCGGAAACAUGAAAGAAUUCACAGUCGUGAGAAACCCUAUGAAUGUGAACUAUGUAGUAAAACAUUCACUUAUUCCAGUAGUCUUCGGACACAUGAAAGAAUUCACAGUGGAGAGAAACCCUAUGAAUGUAAACACUGUAGUAAAACAUUCAUUUCUUCCUGUCAUCUUCGGAGACAUGAAAGAAUUCACAUUGGAGAGAAACUCUAUGAAUGUAAACUGUAGUAAAACAUUCAAUUGUUUCAGUCAUCUUCAGUCACAUGAAAGAAUUCAUAGUGGAGAGAAACCCUUUGAAUGUAAACUAUGUAGUAAAACAUUCACUUGGUCCAGUAGUCUUUGGAAACAAAGGAAUUUACAGUGGUGAGAAACCCUAUGAAUGUGAACUAUGUAGUAAAACAUUCAGAGAUUCCAUUAGUUAUCAGAAAAACAUGAAAGUAUUCACAGUGGAAGGGUGGCUGGUAGAUAGCAUUACAGUUAUGCAAACAGACUCUCAUGCCUAAGGCUCCAAAGUUCCAGGUUUAAUCCCCUGCACCACCAUAAGCCAGAGCUGAGCAGUGCUCUAGUAAAAAAAAAAAAAAAAAAAGUACAGUGGAGAGAAAUACUAUGAAUGUAAAUUAUGUAGUAAAACAUUCAGUUCUUCCAAUAGUCUUCGAACACAUGAAAUAAUUCACAGUGGAGAGAAACCCUAUGAAUAUAAACAAUGAGAUAAAGCAUUCACAGUUUCUAAGUCUCUUCAGUUACAUGAAAGAACUUACAGUGGAGAGAAAGAAACCUCAUAAAUGUAACCAUGUAGUCUAAGAUUCACUUAAGCCAGUUUUCUUAAGAGAUUUGAAAGAUCUCACAGUGGAAAGAAACCCAGUGAAUGUAAACAGCAAAACAUUGAUUCAAGCCUGUCAUCUUUGUCAACAUGAAAUAACUCACAACGGAGAAAAAUUAUUCUGGUCCUCUUUGUAGUCAUGAAAGAAUUCACAGUGAAGCAAAACCCUAUGAAUGUAAUAAAGCUUUAGAUGUUCCACUAAAUUCAAAUACAUGAAAAUAUUCACAAUGUAAAUCAGUCUUUUAAGCAUAAACUACUAAGAUUAGAAAGAGGGAUGCAACCUGAGACAUGAUGCAGAGGCUAGUGGUUAAAUAUAAUAGUUCUCAGGCGUGAGCUUCUGCACUCCAUGGGUAGUUAUGUUUUUUUAUUGUCUUAACUCUCCAUUUUAAUAUAUAACGAUAAUAUAUAUAAGUAUAUCUUAAUAUAAGUAAAUAUAGCUAAAUAAUUGUAGGGACCACAGUUCCAUGAUACAAGUGAAUGCAUACCUCUGAAUAUUCUAUAAAUGUAAGGAAUAUGUGUAAGUACUUUGAUUCUUUGUCUUAAAUUCUAAUAUAUGAAAAAAAUCCACUUGGUACUGAGAACUUACAGAUGUCAACAAUGCUUAAAUGUAUUCUAAUUGAUAAUGGUUUUUGCACAUAUAUAAUCACUGGAAUUAGAAAAACAAUUCUUGCCCCGGAGGUCGGGUGGUAGCGCAGCAGGUUACACAUUGGGAUACAUUGGUGAGCUUGUCUGCCCAGGGAAGUCAGGAUGGCGUUAUGGUAGCAUCUGCAUAGCACCUUGGUGACUGAAAGGAGGUAAGGUAUAAAGCAGCACAAAUUGUUUAAUAAACAGCAUCCAAAGGUAGAAAUAGAGCAGAUGAAAUUAGGGGUCUUUAUGUGGGAAGAAGCUAGUAAGUCUAUUUUAGGUAUGUUCUGAGGAGCCUAUGACUUUAGUAAUUUUUACCUGACCCAGACUGCUAACAUGCAGGUGGACUAAAAACAUAGUCUGGGAACAUGGUGUCAGAGUUGAGAAUAGGACUAGAAAGCUGGAUUAGAGCAGAGAGUGGCAAAGUACAUAAAAAAAAAUUGGGAUAGGAGGAGGAGAUAGAGAGGAAGAGAUACCUGAAGCCCAGAUUCACAAUUCACCCUGCUGGUGGGGAGGAGUGUCUUGAACCCGGAUCCUAAAGCACAGUGGUUAGUGCCUUCACUGAGUGGGCAGAAGACUGUGUAGACCAGUGGUUAGUGCCUUCACUGAGUGGGAGCAGCACUUUGUAUACCAGUGGUUAGUGCCUAAAGCACUAUAAUUUGAGUGCUUAACCAAGUGUGCCACUGCCUGGCCCCACAUCCUGUUUUUGAUGAGAACUUAAAAGUCGUUUGCAUUGCUCAGGACAUGUUUGACCACACUGUUUUGUAUCCUAGCACAUGACCUUUAAAGAGAGAGAGAGAAGUUAUUGAUCCCAGCUUCUGCACCCCCAAAAGAAUUUUGGUCCAUUCUCCCAGAGGUCCAUGAUAGAGGGAAGAUAACCAGAGGGCUGGACUCCAACUCCAUCAGGACCCAGAGAGAGAAAAGGAAAAAAGGAAGAGCAUUUGGAUAUAGUCAUAGGUGUAGUUGUGGCGUGGAGAGGAAGAGAAGAGCUGGGGAGACAGCAUAAUGGUUAUGGAAAAGACCUUCAUGCCUGAGGUACCAGAGGUCCCAGGUUCAAUCCCCGACCCAAUGAUAAGCCACAGCUAAGCAUUCCCCUGGAAGGAAAAAACAAAGAAAAAGGAGUGGUCCAUGAGGUGAUAUAGAGGAUAAAGCAUUGGACUCUCAAGUGUGAGGUCCUGAGUUCAAUCCUGGGCAGCACAUGUACCAGAGUUAUGUCUGAUUCUUUCUCUUCCUAUCUUCUUCAUGAAUAAAGAAAAAAAAAAGAAAAAAAUUUUUUUCUAUGGAAUGGAAAAGAAGAUUGGACCGUGAGGAAAAAAAUAAAAAGAUAAAUAUAGACAGUUUUAGAAAUAAUAAUUAACCCAUAUCUGCAACCUUGUGAGAAUUGCUGUUGAUUCCAGUUGAGAGAUUGGGGACACAGGACUCAGGGAACAAUGUGGAAUGAUGCCCUUGUAUCUUAUAAUUUUGUAAAUCAAUAUUAAGUCACUAAUAAAAUUGAAAAAUAUUUCAGGAGGAAAUAUUUGACCUGAGGAGUUCGUCUGUCCUGUCAGUCUCUCUACCGAGAGGUUAAGCAAGGAGGGACAGAAGUAACUCCAAAGGUGUGCCUCAUCUUAUCAGACUCCCUGCCUCACAAAGCACCCAGCAUUCAUGAUACUAUGGCCAUUAGAUAAAAAGGGGGAGAGGUCAGUGAAAUUGUGAGAGGCCUCACAAAGCAUUAAGCCAGCUCCCCCUGUGUGACCCUGCAUUCCUGAUACUAUAGCAUAUCUACAUAAUCAUUGUUUUGCCUGAGAGACCCUCACCCAUUCCAUUCCUUUGAUCUAUCUUCUUUCUACCCUCCCUGCCUGCAGGGUAUCAUUAAUCCUACCAGUUAAAAUUAAAACCCUAGCAACAGUUACUAAGGAAGUUCCUACCUUUCCAGCCUGAUUUAGCCUUUCUCCACCCCCUACCUAGCCAUUUCCAUUUCUUACUUGCCCCUUCCGGGUGUACCAUUUAAAAGCGUUCACUCUCUGAUCAAUAAAGUCAUUGCACUGUGGU